GCAAAGCAGGUUAUUUGUAUAGCUACGGUAGAGUGACUGAGCUCUUUAGGACCGCAGGGAAUCUGUGCCUCUGCCUGUGAUGACGCCUGGGCAGGAUGUGCGUUUCAAUUUGAGCUGAGAAAGAGCGAAAGGGAAGGGGGAGACCCGAGACUGAAAACAGACGCCUGGCAGCUGAUCGGGAGAAAAUAAACAGAAAGACCCAAAACAGACGGUGGAGCGACGCUUUCACUGUUAAAACUAUUACAGUUUAAAUAAAUCUGUAAAUACCUAGUAUCCAAUCGCUGGAUGCAUCUACAAAUGAAAAAGAAAACACCAGUUUGAAUAAAACGACACUGCUCACGUUGCGCGCGCCUGACACAGGGGACAGUCACGUUGACUGCAGACUAGACGGCCGACCCUGCAGCUUGGCCCACGCUCGCCACAAAAGAGAAAAACAGAUCUCAGGUCAGUUUGAAUUUCGGGAUAUUCCUUUGUGAAUAGUGAGAAAAUAUCUUCGGAAAUGUAUUGUGAAUUUGAGGAAAAUUACGUUUGAUUGGAAGGAAUAAUUGGCAUCUGAAAAUAAAAAAGAAGGAACGACAGUUUAAUAACGUAAAAUACCUGCAAGUCAAUGACAUUCACAAACCUCGUGGAAAAUAAGAGUACUCCAACGAAAUAAAACACAGAACUAGUUCUGCACAACAGGAACAUUGACUGUAAAAAAAUACAACAAACAAUACAUGUGCACAGUGGGAGGGAUAUAGAUUGAAUAGCACCCUUUUUCUUUAGUUUAUAAUGUUUGUUGCCCUUUAAGCUGAACUGCAUUUAUUUAGCCAUAUAAUCUAUAUUACUAUAAUAAACCCAAUCAUUGUUGUUAUAGUAUACUAUUGUUGUGUAAUUUGUGUAUGUAUAUAUAUAUGCUAAGCUGUGUAUAAUUGUUAAUACUAUUACUACAGUAAUAUUCCCCUGCGUAGUUAAAUAUAUCCUGAGUUAACUAUAGGGAAAAAAGGUUUGGGGUCAUUAUAAUAUUGAAGUGAAGUAUUGACUGUGUUGCUGCACAAUACCUCUUCAGAAAUACAGCUGGAGAGUUAAGGUGGGGGAACCUAUAUUCCCCUGGAGGCACCACGUGUUCAAGCUGCAUUGUUACACAAAAACCCAGGCCGCCGAGACCUCUACAACACCAGAGAGGACAGCGGUGACAAAGAUCUGGUUGAGGUGGACCUGACCGAGACCAUGGAUACAGAUAGUGAUAGUCCACCUUUGACGUUGCAGCAAGUACUUUUAAUGCCUGACCCCCAAACUCCAACUCCAGAUUUCAAAAAGAAGCUGCAAAUGUUUUUGGAGACUGAAGGAAAGACACUGAACGAUCUGCAAGAAGUAGCUGGAGUUCAAGCAGCCUCCUCAACGAGCGCUACAGAUGACUUACUAUCUACUAUUGGGAAAGCACUUGAAAAAGCUCUGAAGCCAUCUUCAGAAGGCACUUCCUACAAACGGCUUAGAGUGUUCUCUGGCGUCAAGCCCACCCCUAGCCAGGAGGAUGACUAUGACACCUGGAUGGACCAAGCAGCACAUAUGAUCCAAGAAUGGCAGUGUGGAGAAGGAGAAAAGCGGAAAAGGCUAGUGGAAAGUCUGAGAGGCCCUGCUCUUGAUGUUGUCAGACCACUGCGUGUGGCAAACCCGGAUGCGUCGGCUCAAGAAUACCUCAGUACACUUGAGCACAUGUUUGGAAGCACAGAGAGCGGAGAGGACUUAUAUUUACGAUUUCGCACUACCAUGCAGAAGCAGGGAGAAAAGCUGUCUAUAUUCUUGGCCCGGUUGGAGAAGUUGUUACAGAAAGUAUAUGUGAAGGGAGGCAUAGAAGCCAGUGCAUUAGGAAAAGCACGCUUAAAUCAGCUACUUAAAGGAGCCAUAUACUCUGACAUGUGCCUAGUUAAACUCCGGCUUAAAGAACGGCAGAAAAAUCCUCCCACUUUUUCUGUUCUGAUAAAAGAGAUCAGAGAGGAAGAGGAGAGAGAGAGCCUCAAGCAAAACCCCCCCACAGCGCCCAUUAGAGUGCAUCAUGCUAACACACCUGAUGUCACACCAGCCCCUAAUGCGGAAAUGGAUAGCCUAAAAGAGCAGCUACAGGAGAUUAGGAAACAAAUAUCAUCCUUGACUGUGCAGCAGCAGCAUCACUAUCAGGAUGCCCGGCCACGCCAAGAUGUCCGCGCAAGGGGUCAUCAGCCAUUCUACAAGAGGGAGAAUUCAGCUGAAGGAACUGGACAAGAUGGAACAACUCUCCACUCUGCUGGAAGGCAGCCACUUCCAACUACUAUCAGAGCUCCAUUCAGAUCCUUUUGCUACCGUUGUGGAUUGGAUGGUCAUAGGAUAAAAGAGUGUGUCAACACUGGAAAUGCUACUUUGGUUGCUGAACGUCUUGAAGCCAUGUAUGGGAAUCAGUUGGGAAACUACGAUGGGACCCAGUAAAGGAGUGCCCUGGGCCCCUAUCGUCAAAAGCGCACUCCGAUUCACAGGAGCUAUUUAGCCUGGAAAGUAACACUGUGGGAAAUACACCAACAAAUCCAUGGCCUGCUGGUCUGUGUGGCCCUAAGACAGAAGUAACUGUGCGAAUAGAAGGUCGCCCAUGCUGUGCCAUUCUUGACACUGGAUCACAGGUUACGAUAAUCUUUGAGCAUUACUACAGGGAGCAUCUCAGUCACCUACCAUUGCACCCACUUACUGGUCUUGCUAUCUGGGGCCUUGGGGAGGGACAGUAUCCAUAUCUGGGAUAUAUCAAUGUAUUCCUGGAAUUCCCUGCAGAUGUUGUGGGUGUGCAGCAGACAUUAGAAACCUUAGCCCUGGUUUGUCCUUCUACUGGUUCUCCUAACCAUAUCCCUUGCCUAAUAGGGACAAAUGCCGCCAUAUUUGGGAUACUGGCUCGUGUGUGUCGCGACCGAGCAGGAGAUAAUUACGCCAGGAAACUAAAGAUUCAUGCCUUGUGCCUCGAUGCUUACAUCAAGAAAGAGAGAGAACUCUUGCAGACAGCUAGAGGGCCAAUAGGAACCAUUCAGACGCUGGGUUGUUUGCCAGUGACCAUACCCCCUGGUACCGUACAGGUGGUUGAGGGAAAAGCCCAAGUCUCAGAUGAUGGGAAAAAUCAGCUGAUUCUCAUCGAAGCUCCUGAAGAUGACCGACUGCCGAACGGUCUUUUUAUUAGAAGGGGAGUAGCUCAAACGUCACACAAGACGACUGCCACAGUCCAGGUCCCCGUUUGUAAUGCCUCAGCACAUCCUGUCACAAUACCGGUGGGCACACUGAUAGCACAUGUGUACCAGGCCGCCACCGUGGCUCACUCCAUUCCAACUAAGCAGCGAACACCAAGUUUUGAUAUGGCUAAGCUGAAUUUUGGAACUUCCCCUUUGCCUUCCAGUUGGAAAGAACGGCUGCAAACCAAAUUAGCCCAAAGAGCUGAUGUUUUCUCGACUUGUGAUUGGGACGUGGGAUGUGCGCGUGGAGUAGAACAUCAUAUUCGUUUGAGAGAUGACACCCCGUUCAGAGAGCGAUCAAGACGACUUGCACCUGCCGAUGUGGAAGACAUCCGAAAACAUCUUCAGGAUUUGCAAAGGAUUGGCAUCAUUCGAGAGUCUAGAAGCCCUUACGCAUCGCCCAUUGUGGUAGCUCGGAAAAAAAAUGGUGAUGUAAGAAUGUGCAUUGAUUAUCGCACAUUAAAUAAGCGAACCAUACCUGAUCAAUAUACUAUGCCUCGGGUGGAAGAAGCUCUGGACUGUUUGUCAGGAAGCUGCUGGUUUUCUGUUCUUGAUCUACGGAGCGGAUAUUACCAAAUUCCGAUGAGCCCUGAAGACAUGGAGAAAACCGCGUUCAUUUGUCCCCUGGGAUUCUAUGAGUUCCAGCGCAUGCCACAGGGGAUAUCUGGAGCACCGGCAACGUUCCAACGACUAAUGGAGCGGACAGUUGGAGAUAUGAAUCUCCUGGAAGUCUUGGUUUAUUUGGAUGACCUCAUAGUUUUUGGAAGGACACUUGAGGAGCAUGAAGAACGUCUCCUUAAAGUGUUGGAUCGCUUGCAGGAACGAGGCUUAAAGCUAUCAUUGGAUAAAUGCCAAUUCUGCCAAACCAGUGUCAAGUAUGUAGGUCACAUAGUGUCUCAGCAAGGCAUUGCAACUGACCCUGCUAAAAUCGAGGCUCUCACUACGUGGCCGAGGCCGACCAAUUUGAAGGAAUUGCAGAGUUUUUUAGGAUUCUGUGGGUACUACAGGCGUUUUGUACCGGGCUACUCCUCCAUUUGUAGGCCCCUCCAUGAUCUGACCAAAGGCUAUCCACCUACAAGGAAGGAUAAGAAGUCUUCAAACUCCAAGGAGACGUACUACAAAACUAAUGAGCCUUUUGCUGCCAGGUGGACGGAAGGUUGCGAGCAUGCGUUCCGCACACUGAUUGAAAAAUUGACCAAUGCCCCGGUCCUAGCAUUUGCUGAUUCCACAAAGCCAUAUCUCCUGCAUGUAGAUGCCUGUUUGGAGGGACUCGGAGCCGUCCUAUAUCAAAAAUAUCCUGACAGUUUGAGGCCAGUAGCAUACGCUAGCAGAAGCCUAUCUGCAUCAGAAAGAAACUAUCCAGUCCACAAACUGGAAUUUCUGGCACUGCGGUGGGCAGUUGUCGAUAGAUUCCAUGACUACCUGUAUGGAGCCAAGUUCACUGUAAGAACUGACAACAACCCCCUAACCUAUAUCUUGAAGUCGGCGCGAUUGGAUGCAACUGGA